AUGGGCCAGUACUUGCUAAAAUUGCUGCAUCUUGCUGUUACUAUCAUCGAAAAAACUUACAAUGAUGUUAGAUGUGGUUGUUUGAGCUCUAACUCUACUUUUGAUAGCAUGGACUCUAUCGUAGCUUCUUUCAAAAGCUUUGGUAGCUCUCCUCUUUUUAACAAAUGGAGAGAUAAAGAUGUUAUUGAUGGUGUACUAUCUACUGCAAUAAUUCAAUCCAUUGAGAGGCUUUUGAAGGCUCUGGCUAAACUUUAUGAUGAAAGUUCUGAAUGCUCAAGGGAUCUUCAGUUUGAGAUUGUCCAGCUUGACAAAACAGACUCAAACAUUUCUGUUCAUGAUUCUGUCCAACUAAAUACCAAUAGAAGUAUGAUUCUGGACAUGGAGUUGGAUGUGAAUGAUGAUUUUAAAGAUCUGGAUUUUUUCACUAUUGGUAGGACGAUUGGCACUGGCAUAUCCAUUUCUGCAGUGAAUUGGAAGAUGGACAUCAUAUCAUUAAUUUCAAGUUUUUUCUCUAUAUUACCAUUUGUUACAUGGGAAACCUUGUUCAACCUUAUGCAGAAAGAAAGUGACACAAGAGUGUUGGAAAAUCUUCUAGUUAAUCUUUGUCAACAUCCUCAAUGGUCGUCUUCCCGAAAGUUUUCAGACCUGGUUAUAUCAUUGAAUGACCUUGUAGAUUUGAGAGCAAACCUUAAACUCCCGUGUCUAGAGAUACUUGCUGCCAUCUGUUGUUUGCUGCAGACCCUUUUAUCACUAGACAUGAUUGCGGAUAAUGAGAAUGAUACUCUGCCUUCAAGGGGAAGAGUACCCGAGCAGAUCUUUCUCAACUCUAAGUCUCAACUGCGAUUGAAGUUGUCAGUGAAGCUCUCGAGAUAUUGUAACGGCGACAAUAUUAAUCCAGUUACUCCUGAUAUUGAUUUGCAGAGCUUGAUAUCUCUUGGAGAUUUGGUGAGCAAAGUUGCUGAAAAUGAUCUUUUUCACUGGUUCGGUCGGGUUAAGCUGAUUGAUUGCAUUUGCAAUUUCAUAUUACUUAGACCUCACAUUGGCCAGACCAUGAUUGAAAAGCUGCUGCUGAUGCUCCGAGAUCCUGAUUAUCGAGUUAGGUUUUCCCUGGGAAGACGGAUUGGUGUCCUUUUCCAAACAUGGGAUGGUCAUGAUGAGCUCUUCCAGGAUAUAUGUUCAAAUUUUGGUGCAAAGUUGGUUGUUUCCUCAAAAAAAGAACUUGUUACUGCUAAGGAGGUUUUAGCUGCUGGUCCUCAGCCUCGUCCAACGAUGGAAACCAUUAUUAUUACUCUCAUGCAUAUUGCACUACACAGUGAGAAAAUAGAGUUGGAGGCUGUUUUUAUGAUGUGUGUAGUUGCUGCAAUUGAUCCUUGUCAGAGGGAACUGGUGGGUGCAGUGCUUGAUAACCUAUCAAGACAGCUCCAGUAUACUACACGGACAAAGUAUAUGGAGGAACUAAUGGGGCAAAUUCUUUUUUGCUGGGUAGCUUGUGGUGUGAGCUUAGUUGCUCUUGUUGAGACAAGGGGCCUUUUUGUCUUGAAUGUGG